AUGCCCGGUCGUGGCAAACGUUCAGCUCAGGCUGUGGUCGACUUGACGCAUGACGGCCAAGAAAAUGCUCAUCGUCCGACCAAGAUUGGCCGAAGCAGUCAGGCGUUCAGCAGUGUUCCACUGGCGAAUGUGACUAACGGCCAGCGGUUUGGACAAGACACCGACUACAUUUCACUCAGCCAGCUGGACGACGAUGACUUUAACAGUAUUGUUCCGGCGACCCAAGGUGGUGAUGAUCUAGAUUUUAAUUCCUUUCAACUCUAUGGCUGCAUCAAUACAAAAAUCGUCGGAGUAAGGUUCUACAGUGGAUACGCAUCUUCCGGCGAACGUGUCAUUCUCCAAAGGGAGCCAUUCAACCAAUACGAUAAUAAUGCUAUCAAAGUUUUGAGCGUCAUGGGCGCCCAAAUCGGCCACAUACCUCGGAAUGUAGCCUCCGACUUAGCAAAAUAUAUGGAUGCUAGAAGUCUAGUCAUCGAGGGGAUGCUUACCGGAAACAUUGGAACUUAUGACUGUCCUAUCGCGCUUACCCUGUAUGGUCCCUCCGAUCCUAUUCGAAAAGAUCAGGUAAGAACUCAGAUGCGGGCGGACAAGCUGCCACUCACUGAGCUUAUCCGCACCGAGCAAGACAAGGCUCGGGAGGAAUGGCAACGACAGAGGGCACUCAAAGAAGCAGAGAAGAAACAGCUUGCCGCUAACAAAUGGGGAAGUGGUGGAUAUCCAACCCUUCAAAGGCCCAGCCAAGCAAUGGAGUCUACAAGCUUGGAGGAUCUGGUACAACAGAGUAGCUCGAUCAAUGCUCACAGAGUCAAUCAAGCCGUGGAGAGGUUCGGUAAUACAGAAAUUGAUCUUGAGAACAUGCCAAUGGCCGAAACACCAUUCGGCCUAAAAACGCAGCUACUUUCUUAUCAACGUCAAGGCCUGGCUUGGAUGCUCGAUAAGGAGUCGCCCAAACUACCCGAGGUAGGCGCUAAAGACGUGCAACUCUGGAAGAAAGAACAUGGUAGGUAUAAAAAUAUCGCUACCAACUAUGCCACCAGCACACCUCCUCCUCUUGCGAGUGGCGGCAUUCUUGCGGAUGACAUGGGUCUGGGCAAGACAAUCCAGACGAUCUCCUUGAUAAUGGCCAAUUCAAAUGCCGAUGGCAAUGGGAUCACGGCGCCGACACUCAUCGUUAGUCCGGUCGGUGUCAUGAGUAAUUGGAAGCAACAGAUCGAAGCCCACGUCAAGCCAGAAUUUGUGCCAAAGAUUCUUGUCUACCACGGCACGGGGAAAAAAGAGGGUUCUAAAUUGCAGAACCAUGGUGUUGUCAUCACAAGUUACGGUGCGAUUGCCAGUGAAUAUGAUGCCGAUAAAAAGAAAGCCAAAUCAACCCGCAGCGGUCUCUAUUCUCUGAAGUGGCGCCGUAUCGUGCUCGAUGAAGGACACACAAUCCGAAAUCCGCGAUCGAAGGGUGCCCUCGCGGCCUGUCAUCUAGAUGCCGAUUCUCGGUGGUCAUUGACGGGAACUCCGAUCGUCAACACCCUCAAAGAUCUUUACUCGCAGAUCCGUUUCCUCCGACUUUCUGGCGGGUUGGAAGAUCUGGCCAUGUUCAAUGCUGUCCUUAUUCGUCCAUUGACCAAUGGAGAUCCUAUGGGUGCCACCAUUCUACAAGCAUUGAUGGGCGCAAUCUGCCUGAGACGACGUAAGGAUAUGGCUUUUGUCAACCUGCGUCUUCCGGAGAUGAAGAUGCAUGUUUUGCGAGUCAAAUUUGAAGAUCACGAGCUCAAGAAAUACGAAAUGUUCCAAAAUGAGGCGAGAGGUAUGCUUGACAAGUAUAAACUCCAGGUCGGCGGAUCUAGCGGAGGUACCACAUAUUCGCACGUUCUCGAGGUCCUCCUGCGACUACGUCAAGUUUGUAACCACUGGUCCCUCUGCAAGAAUCGUGUGGACAAAUUGAUGGCUCUGCUUGGCGAGAGCGAUAAAAAAGUCGUCGAGCUGACGCCCGAAAACGUCAAAGCUCUUCAGGACGUUUUGCAACUUCAGAUUGAAAGCCAGGAGACCUGUGCAGUCUGCCUUGAUAAUAUGUCGGAGCCUGUCAUCACAGCAUGCGCGCACGCUUUUGACCGAUCAUGUAUUGAGCAAGUCAUUGAGCGACAACACAAAUGUCCUCUGUGUCGUGCCGAACUCAAAGAUACCGGAUCUCUCGUCGAACCAGCCACAGAAAUGGGCGAAGAUGCUGGCGCUGAUGACGCAGAAGCAGCAGACGCCAGCGCACCAAGUAGCAAGAUCAAAGCUCUAAUCAAGAUUCUAACUGCCAAAGGCCAGGCAGAACAAACCAAAACAGUGGUCUUCAGUCAGUGGACCUCUUUCCUCGACAUCAUCGAACCUCACCUUACCGCCAACGACGUACGCUUUACACGAAUUGACGGAAAACUCAACUCCAGCAAACGAGAUCAGGCUAUUGCCGAGUUCUCCAAUGACACUAAAUGCACAGUCUUGCUAGCCAGUUUGAAUGUGUGCAGUGUCGGACUCAAUCUUGUCGCAGCAAACCAAGUCAUUCUCUGCGACAGUKGGUGGGCCCCCGCCAUAGAAGACCAGGCUAUCGAUCGAGUUUACCGUCUUGGUCAGACUCGCGAGACUACAGUCUGGCGUUUGGUCAUGGAGGGUUCGGUGGAGGAUACUGUGCUUAAGAUCCAAGCUACGAAGCGUGAACUAUCGUCGACUGCGCUAAGUGAGAGGAGCGACAAGAAGAAGGGAGAGAGUACGCAGUCAAGGUUGGCGGAUUUGGAGAAGUUGUUGCGGCGGGUUGAUGAGCCAUCGACUCAGGAGGUGAAUAAGUAG